AAAAAACGAUGAGAUAAUUUUCUGCAAGUAAUUUAAUAAUCCAGAGGAGCCGAACUGUCGAGCGCCAUUUCUGACGAUUUCUGACGAUUGUGAGCAAUGGAAGGAAAAUGGGUGAAGCUAGAGCAGAAAGGAAGCGUACCCGGCGCAAGAAGCUCUCACGCUGUUGCUGCAGUUGGGAAGAAAGCUUAUGUCUUCGGGGGCGAGUUCACACCUCGCGUCCCAGUCGAUAACAAGCUCCAUGUAUUUGACCUCGACCACCGUGUCUGGUCCAGCCCUAAGGUCGUCGGAGACAUUCCGCCGCCUCGAGUAGGCGUCACAAUGGCCGCCAUUGGCGACAUUAUCUACUUCUUCGGCGGCCGCGAUGCCGAUCACAAGGAGCUCAACGAGCUCUUCUCAUUCGACACCCGCACCAACGAGUGGUUUCUGCUCUCGUCGGAUGAAACAGGUCCUCCCCACCGCAGCUACCAUUCCAUGGCGGCGGAUGACCGUCGCAUUUACGUCUUUGGUGGAUGCGGAAAUGCCGGCCGGCUUAAUGAUUUAUGGGCGUACGAUGCUACUGAUCACGAAUGGAUACAGUUCCCAUCGCCUGGGGAGGAAUGCCGGCCGCGAGGCGGUUCAGGGCUGGCUGUAUCAGCAGGGAAGGUAUGGGUUGUGUAUGGAUUCUCAGGCGCGGAGCUUGAUGAUGUGCACGCAUUUGAUCUUGCGAGCAAGGAAUGGUCGGUCGUCGAUACCACCGGCGGCGGCGGCGAAAAGCCGAGCCCGAGGAGCGUGUUUUCGAGCGUUGGUAUUGGGAAGUAUGUUUUUAUUUAUGGCGGAGAGAUUGAUCCAAGUGACUUGGGGCAUCUUGGUGCUGGCAGGUUUGCUGGGGAGGUUUAUGGACUUGAUACUGAGACCUGUGGUUGGAUUAAGGUUUCCGUCGGCGGCGGCGGCGAAAGUCCGGGACCGCGUGGGUGGUGCGCAUUCUCUGGUGCGGAGAUUGAUGGUGAGAAAGGACUCUUUGUUUACGGAGGUAACUCCCCUACAAAUGAUAGGCUUGAUGAUAUAUUCUUCUUCGUUCCCUGUCUCUGAAGUUGUCAUUUUUGUUUGUUUUUUAUGCUGCUAUGGCUUGGUAAACUCUUUUUUGUAUAUAAAUCCGUUUGGCUGUAUAUUAAAA